GGUUGCAUCAAGAGAAGCACGACCAGCAGGUUGAGGGAGGUGAUUCUGCCCCUUUACUCUGCUCUUGUGAGACCCAGAUGGAGUACUGUGUUGAGUUCUGGUGCCUGCAACACAAGAAGAACACUGAACUGCUGGAGUGGGUCCAGAGGAAGGCCACAAAGAUUAUCAGAGUGCUGGAGGACAGGCUGAGAGAGCUUUGUCUCUUCAGUCCAGAGAAGAGAAGGCUCCAGGAGGAUCUUAUAGCAGCCUUCCAGGACCUGCAGAGGGCCAACAGGAAAGCUGGGAAGGAACUUCUUAUUAGGGCGUGUUCACCAGCAUAUUUCUUCCUGGGGAACCUUUCCUUCCUGGACGUUUUCUACUCUACAGUUACUGUUUCCAAGAUGCUGACUGUUUUUCUCUUUGGGUGUCAGCCCAUUUCUUUUGGCAGAUACUUGGCCCAGCAAUACUUCUUCCAGUUCCUGGGCAGUACUGAAGCUGUGCUCCUGGCCACCAUGGCCUAUGAUUGCUACAUAGCCAUUUGCAACCCACUGUGCUACACCCUUGUCAUAAGCCCAAGGACCUGUCUGCUACUAGCUAUGGCCAGCUGGUCUAUUGGUUUUGCACACGCCACAGUGCAUUCAGUCAUGAUUUCUCAAUGGAGUUUCCAUGGGCACAGCCAUGUUCAUCACUUUUUCUGCAAUGUCAAGCCCUUGGCCUGCAGCAGUACCAGCCUCAACAUGACUUUCCUCAGUGUGUCAAUUGCUGUAGGCCCAUUCAUUCUCAUUGUCCUCUCCUAUCUCUACAUCAUCAUCUUCCUAUUCUCUGACCUCUGGGUCAGGUCCCAGGAAUGCAGAUGGAAACCCUUCUCCACCUGUGCCUAUCAUCUUACUGUUGUGACACUAUUGUACAUACCAUUGUCUAAUCAUACAUCUCCAUCUUCAUCCACUUCCACUAAAAGGGACAUACAAGGGUCUAUCAUGUACAGUGCCAUCACCCCAGCUCUUAACCACUUGAUCUACACUCUUUGGAAUCAGGAGGUGAGAUCUAUUUUGAACAAGAAGUUAGGGAGAAAACUUUUUUCUGGUGGAAAGUGGCAAGGACAAGACUCAAAACGUGGUUACUGCACUUGACAUAUUUACAAGAGAAGAGAUCAAAAAGAUUCUGUUUUACAAGAAACUGAAGAAUACUCAUUAUCUCACAUAGAAAUUAAGAGUUUAUUGCUGAGAUCUACACUGGAAGAUAGUCAAGAUCUUGAUGUUUCUUCUGUCAUUUUAGAUGUCCUGUUGUAACCAAUCUGAUCUCUAACCUCCAGAGAAGUAUGUGUAUCUCUUGCAGAACCCAAGCAAUAGCAGACAGCCCGUGUAGUUGUUCUGGAUAAAAUAAGGAAUUGAACUAUUACCUGAUAGCUUUAUUUAGGAAGCUGGAUGAAUCUCCUUCCAUCCAAACACUGGAUAUCCCAAGUAAGCAAGCAUGUUGCUUGCCUAGACUGGGAAAGAUGUUGUCUACAUUUGACUCAAGUCAACCCUUUUGAGUCAUCCUUUCAUUGAGUGUAAGGGGAGCCUUACUAAUGAAUCCGUUUUUAAAUGUAAAUGUAAAAACAGAGGUGAGCAUGUACAGCACAUGUUUAGACAACAAUGAAAGCAAUUCCAAACGUAACACCAGGCUAUAUAUGCUUUCUUUGUGGUCCAAACACGACAGUUAUCUCUCUUUCCAACUUGGUGUGCAAAAUGGCUGUUGCCCACUGAAAGACAGGUAGGUUGCUCUGAAAGUAAAGAAGCCUCCUGCUUCUUCUUGUGACAAGUGCAACAAAUAGAACGAGCAUGUUAACACUAUUUGAUAGAGUAAAUUCUCAGCUAUGAAUGUUUUUCAUAGUCACCACUAUUAGCUAUUCAUUCUUGACAACGACAAUCAAGAGCCUGUAUGCUGUCCUCCUUGUAAAAGUGCAUCAGCAGAAGUGACCCACUGUUAACAUUACCACUGCUGAAACACUCCACUCCACCACCCCGCUGUGGGGAUAGAAAAAUUGCAUUGUGUAUCACUUCUUCUGUAUAUUCUUUUGUUAUUAUUAUUUACCCAUCAUUUUCAGUGCUAUUAAACUGUCUUCAUUUCAACCCACGAGUUUCUCUUUUUCCAGUUCUCUCCCCAGUCCUCCUGUGGGCAGAGUGAGUGAAUGACUGUGUGAUACUCAGGUGCCCAGAGGAUUAAACUGCCACUGAUUAUAUUGGAUUUCUUUCGGGUUUCAUCUUGUAUGCAAACACUGAGUACAACCAAAAAAAUGUGAAUGCUUUUUUUAUAAUACUCAUUUCAAUACAAAAGAGGAAGGUGAUUUUCAGUUUUCUACUAUAUGUCAUCCAGCAUCUGUGUCCUGUGUCCCUGUGUGUAACAUGGAGAAACGAAGAGUGUUUGAGAAUUCGUUAAAAAAAAAUUAAAAAAAUGUGAGUGAGAUUCAUAAUGAGUAUCUAAGAAUUUAUUAGGCUGUAGUAGGAAUGGAGUGGAUAAGAACAGAGAUAGAAAAUGUAGGUUUAGAAUGA